ACUUCACGAAGACUAUCCUACAGCAUCUACAAAAGGAAACAAAUGCGAGAAUUCUCUUUGGGCACAAAAUAAGUAACAUUACGACCUCAGCCGAAUCUGUGCGUGUCACCGUAGCACGAGCGGGGAUGCAUCACUCGGAACCCAACGACCAGGAGAUCAUCGAUGCGUCGUGGCUUGUUGGCGCUGACGGUGGACGGAGCACAGUGCGUGCUGAAUCCGGCAUUGCUUUCGAAGGCUUCACUUGGCCAAAAGAAGAGUUCGUCGCAACCAAUGUAUACUAUCCAUUUGACAAGUAUGGCUUCACGAAUCGGAACUUUAUGAUCGACUCCAUCAACUGGGCUAUCGUUGCCAAGAUCAGUAACGACGAUCUGUGGCGAGUUGCCUACGGUGUCAAACCGGGUAUGACCAAAGAUCAGAUUUUGGAAGAGCUGCCACAGCGAUUCAAAAACUUCUUACCUGGCCCGGGUGAAGGGUACACUGUCAAGCAAGCAAACUCAUAUCGUCCCCAUCAACGAUGCGCUGCUCGUUUUCGGAAAGGUCAUGUGAUACUGGUUGGCGACGCUGCACAUCUUAACAAUCCGAUUGGGGGAUUAGGCCUGACGACUGGCAUCCUGGACGCUGGUCCCUUAGCAAGAGCCUUGACAGCCGUCAUCAGUGGGAAUGCACCUGACUCGCUGCUUGACAGAUGGGACGAGCUGCGUCGAAAGUGCUGGCACGAGCAGACGAACAAGCAGUCAAUUGAGUUCAAGCGUAUCGCGCAGCAGGGUGGGCACGGACAGGAUCCAGAUGGCAUUUGGAAGUCUGACGAUGUGGCUGAGAAGAAUGGGAUGACGGCGUAUCUGGUCAACGCCAACCCUGAUGUGAAAGAGAAAGAUGAGGCUCUUUACAAGGCUUUGCAAGUACCAGAGAAUCAGAGAUCCAUGCGCCAUAGAGUAUGGGGACUGGCUCUUCCUGCGGACUGGAUGGCAGAAUAUGAAGACCCGGACGUUGUCAAACGUCGGGGAGACCUUCGCCCAGUUGAGAUCUGAAAUCUCUUUCUUUGUACACAUUAG